GUUUUACAUUUCUGCCGAUCGAUCCUUUCGGGGAGGUAGAUAAGUCGCGUCCAGCAUCAUUAGCAAGAAAAGAAGCUCAAAUUCACAUAGCCAAGAUUCCUGAGCUGUUCACAAAGCAGUUCUUGGGCGAUUAACUGCUGAAUCUUUUGGAGCAGAGGGACGAUGGAGACAUCACUUCACAAGGCACCAGAGAAAAGGCAAGUGACCGCCAUUAUCUUUCUGUUACUGCUAUGGGAGGCAGGUAGUGCAACCGUUAAGUAUUCUGUUCUAGAGGAGACAGACAGGGGCUCUUUGGUGGGGAACCUAGCAAAAGAUUUAGGGCUGAGUUUAAGGGAGUUGGUCUUCAGGGGCGCCCAGAUUCUUUCCAAAGGGAACAAACAGCUCCUGCAGCUGGAGCAGAAGAGUGGAAAUUUGCUCCUGAAAGAAAAAUUGGAUCGAGAGGAGUUAUGUGGGAGCACCAACCCGUGUAUCCUACAUUUCCAGGUGUUACUAAAAAACCCAGUGCAAUUUAUUCAAGGGGAAAUAGAGCUUCAAGAUGUAAAUGAUCACGCCCCAGAAUUCAUGGAAGAUGAAAUUCUCCUUAAAAUCCUGGAGAGCAGCCAUCCAGGUGCUGUGUUUCCGUUGAAAAUAGCUCAAGAUUUGGAUGUAGGAAGCAACACGGUUCAGAACUAUACAAUCAGCACCAACCCCCAUUUCCACCUUCUCACCCGAAAUCACAGCGAUGGCAGGAAAUAUCCAGAGCUGGUGCUAGACAAAGCACUGGACCGGGAGGAACAGGCACAGAUUAGAUUAACACUCACAGCUCUGGACAGUGGGUCACCUCCCAAAACUGGGACUACCCAGGUUGUCAUUGUGGUCCUGGACAUUAAUGACAAUGCCCCUGAAUUUGCCCAAGGGCUCUAUGAGGUACAGGUUCAAGAGAACAGUCCUGUGGGUUCCCUUGUCAUCACUGUAUCCGCAAGAGAUUUAGAUGCUGGGACACACGGAGAACUCUCCUAUUCACUUUUUCAAUCUUCAAAUCAAGUUCUUCGGGCUUUUGAAAUAAAUAUCAUCACUGGAGAAAUUAGAGUAAGAAAACUGUUGGACUUUGAGGAAAUUCAGUCUUACCGCAUGGAAAUCGAGGCCACUGAUGGGGGAGGCCUUUCAGGAAAAUGCACAGUAGUAAUAAAUGUGACGGAUAUAAAUGACAACGCUCCUGAACUCAUCAUGUCAUUACUCAUCAGCGAUAUUCCAGAAAACUCCCCUGAAACUGUGGUCGCGGUUUUUGGAAUUUCAGAUCCAGACUCUGGAGACAAUGGGAAAAUGGUGUGCUCCAUCCAAGACCAUCUUCCCUUCCUCUUGAAACCUAAUGAAGAAAACUUCUACACGUUGGUAACUGAAAGAGCACUGGACAGAGAGAGCAAAGCUAAAUACAACAUCACCAUCACUGUCUCAGACCUGGGCACACCCAGGCUCACAACCCAGCACACCAUAACAGUGCAGGUGUCUGACAUCAACGACAACGCCCCCACCUUCACCCAAACCUCCUACACCCUGUUCAUCCACGAGAACAACAGCCCCGCCCUGCACAUAGGCACCAUGAGUGCCACAGACUCAGACUCAGGUUCCAAUGCCCACAUCACCUACUCACUGCUGACACCCCAAGACCCACAGCUGGACCUCGACUCGCUCAUCUCCAUCAAUGCAGACAAUGGGCAGCUGUUCGCUCUCAGGGCGAUGGACUACGAGGCCCUGCAGGCCUUCGAGUUCCAUGUGGGCGCCACAGACGGAGGCUCUCCUGUGCUCAGCAGCCAGGCUCUAGUGCACGUGGUGGUGCUGGACGACAAUGACAAUGCGCCCUUCGUGCUCUACCCGAUGCAGAACGCCUCUGCACCCUGCACUGAGCUGCUGCCCAGGGCGGCGGAACCUGGAUACCUGAUCACCAAGGUGGUGGCUGUGGACCGCGACUCUGGCCAGAAUGCCUGGCUGUCCUUCCAGCUGCUCAAGGCCACGGAGCCCGGGCUGUUCAGCGUGUGGGCGCACAAUGGCGAGGUGCGCACCACCAGGCUGCUGAGUGAGCGCGAUGUGCCCAAGCACAGGCUGGUGCUGCUGGUCAAGGACAAUGGCGACCCUCCGCGCUCUGCCAGUGUCACUCUGCACGUGGUGCUCGUGGAUGGCUUCUCUCAGCCCUACCUGCCUCUGCCAGAGGUGGCGCGCAAUCCUGCGCACGAUGAGGACGCCCUAACACUCUACUUGGUCGUUGCCUUGGCAUCUGUGUCUUCUCUCUUCCUCCUGUCUGUGCUGCUGUUUGUGGGAGUGAGGCUGUGCAGGAGGGCCAGGGCGGCCUUGCUGGGUGGCUGCUCGGUGCCUGAGGGACACUUUCCUGGCCACCUGGUGGAUGUCAGUGGUGCUGGGACCCUGUCCCAGAGCUACCAAUAUGAGGUGUGUCUGACAGGAGGGACUGGAACAAAUGAGUUUAAAUUUCUUAAACCAGUACUCCCCAACUUCUUGAAUGAAGGAGGUUACAGGAACACGGAGGAGAAUUCCAAUUUUAGGGAUUGUCUGGGGUUUAGCUAAAAUCACACUUUGACCUCAUGUGACAAAUAUUCACUGAUGCGUAUGCAUUCCCCAACUGUUCCUUCAUGGAAAGAAGUCAGUACUAGCAUGAUAUAGAUAGUCAUAUUUGUAGCUGUUUCCAUUUGUCAAAUAUUCCUUGCAAUUUUUUUCUAACUAUCUUCCCCUCAAGCAUACAAUAUAGCUGCAAAACAUUCUUUUGGGUCAUUUUUUCAUCACUUAAAAAAAGGUUUAAAAGUUAAGAGAUAUUUUCAAGUUCCUGGUUUCUGAGCAUAAGCAUUGAUUUCUUGUAAUCAAAGAAUUCCUGUCUCAAAAGUUCUUGUUAUUGCUAGGAUGAAUUUAACGCUAUUGUAAAUGAUGGCUUUCUGUUUUAAAAAUAAUUUUCAAUCAUUCAUCCAUUCUUUUGUGAGCUUCUAAAUCCUAUGAUUCUGUUGCCUAGUCCCAAGAGCCCUUUCAAAAUAGGUCAAAGUUAAUUAAACUAUCUUUGAACAUUCUGGAAAAACUCCGUCUGUUAUAUCAAAAAGUGGUGGACUUAUUAGUGCACUUGGGACUAGUUUUUCAUGAAUGGCUUUGGUAUGUAAACAGUGAUUCUCAUUCUUUUAACAUGGUGUAUAUACUCCACAUGAUUAAUACAUACACAGUAAACACAAAGACGUAUUAGUAUGCUUUCACAAGAAAUUUGUCAUUAAGUCAACAUUUCUCUAAAAUACAUCUACUGGAGCUUGAGGUGUAGCUAAAUGGAAAAACAUGCGUUCAGCAUGCAUCCAAUGCCCAGAACCGAAUGGGAAAAAAUAAGUAAGUUCUUCACAUGAAAAUAAAUAAUAUUUUAAUUAACAAAUGAGAUCAACUCUCAAAAAGUAAAUUAUUAUAAACUUAAAACAUCUAAUUAAACCUAUCAGGGGAUGGAAAGAUGACCUUGUGCUUAAGAGGAAAUAUUCUUCUAAGGACCCCAGUUUAGUUCCCAGCACCAAUGUCUGGUGGCUCACAAAUGGACUUUAAUUCUAGCUUCAGGGAGAUCCAUUGCCCUCCAAUAAAGCCAAUAUUAAUAUAAAUUAAAUUAUAAUUUAAAUUGUUGGUGAAACUCAGUAGCCAUUUGGACUUUGGCUCUUUCUUGAAUAAUAAGUUCUAAGUAACUGAUGCCUAUUAUUGGCCUGUUAUGUUCUUCAAAAUGUAUCUAGGCUAUAAAAUUAGUUGCCAAAUGCCUGUUCAUCAUAUUAUCUCACUAUCCUUUGUAUUUUUAUGGUGUUGGUUUCAAUGUCUCCCUUUUCAUCUCUGAUUUUUUUUAAUCUCCACUCGCUUCUGGCAUGUAACGAGAUGCACCAGUUGUCCCUCUUUGAAGCCCCGGUCAUCAUUACAUCUUUAAACCUCUUCUCUUCUCUGUUCGUCUCCCAUAUCAGAUAUUUUUGACACCAAUUAUUAUAUUAGUAUUUCCAUGAUAGU